AUGGCUAGCACAUGCUUUGAGGCCAGUAGCUGCCAGAGAGCCUUCCCAGGGCCCCCAAAGAUAUCCACCUACAAGACAUGUGCCAACCCCAGUUGGACCUCUGCCUCAAUCCUGUACAAACCUCCCUGCUGCAAGACCCUUUUGGAUGUCCAGUACCAACAAGUUUUGCAAGGACCAAGUGUAGCAGUAGCAUGUGGUGAUGAUUUCACUUAUGUUGAACAAGACCUGUUUGGAACUGGUGAGUUAAUUGAUCCUUUGGGCCUCACAUUGGGAGGCUGUGAUGUCAAAGGGGAAGGCCCUGCUGCUCAGGUUCUUGUACUGGAGUCAGAUCUGCAUGCUUGCAACAGUGCCUUAAGACUGACUGAGGAUGAGCUGGAGCUCUAUGGCUUCACCCUUACAUAUGCACCAGCUGCUUCUUCCACUGGUGCUCCAAUUUUAAGAACCUCUGGUGCUGUAAUUGGUCUUUGUCACUAUCCAAGGGGUCAUACUGUGAGCAGUAAUGCUUUGCUGCCUGAUUGGAUGCCACAUGCUUCUACUGAAGUAGGAGAGGAAAGACUUAUCUUCUCCCUGAGGCUCAUGAUGGGUGACUGGAUGUUUGAAACCAUCAAUGUUGAGGAAUCUGUGAUGUAGUUCAACCAUGUGCCCCUUCCCGUCCACUUGGACAGCUGUGUGGCCACUGUAGUCCCUGAUAUUAAUGCAGUCCCCAGAUAUUCCUUCAUUGACAACGAUGGGUGCUUACUUGAUGGUAAGAUUACAGGCCCAAGUUCUCACUGCUUGUCUCAAACUUAAGCCGACAAGCUACAGGUUCAGCUGGAGGCGCUCUGCUUUAGGAAGACUUCAGUGUACAUCACCUGCUUCUUGAAGGCCAAUGCAACUUCUUCCCCUGUUGAUGCUGAGCACAAGGCUUGCUCUUUGACAAUGGAUAUGUUGCUGUUGCACUAA